AAAAAGCUUGUUGUUAACAUUACAUAACCUCGUAAAGUAAAUGUGGUUUAUUGUUUUUAAUUUUUAUUACGCCUUUAUUUAAUUUAAUUUUCAUUAAUGAAGGCAGUUCAAUAGAAGCUAUAUAAAUCUUAUGUAAAUUGAUAUGUUCCAUAAAGUAAUAAAACAAGGCUUUUGUGUUGGAAAUAAACUGUUCCAGAUGGGCCUUCAUAAAAGCAAUAGUUGUAACAGUACAGUAGAUGGACUUGCAAUAGCAGCUGGCAAGCAUUUAGAUUUUGAAAUGGACCGAUUAAUAUGGAUCGAUAUGGAAAUGACUGGCUUAAAUGUAGAUCAAGACAAAAUAAUGGAAAUAGCCUGUCUAGUAACUGAUUCCAAUUUAAACAUUAUAGCUGAAGGUCCAGAUUUAAUAAUAAAACAACCAAAAGAUAUUUUGGAUAACAUGAAUGAAUGGUGCAUAAAGCAACACCGGAAAACUGGUUUAACAGAAGCCUCCCUAAAAUCGCAAACAACUUUAGAAGAAGCCGAAAAUAUAAUUCUUGAUUUUUUAAAAAAUCACGUAACAUCAAAUACUUGUCCCUUAGCUGGCAACAGUGUUUAUAUGGACAGAUUUUUCCUGAUUAAACACAUGCCCAAACUGAACGGGUACCUACAUUAUCGCAUAGUGGAUGUUUCAACAAUUAAAGAAAUUUGUAGAAGAUGGAAUACCUCAGUUUUCAAAGGACUUCCCAAAAAAGAAUUUGAACAUAGGGCUUUGGCUGAUAUUAGAGAAAGUGUUGCAGAGUUGAAAUAUUAUAGGGAAAAUUUUUUCAAAGUAGCUCAAUAGGAAAAUUUAGUAUUUAUUUUAGGUAAUUUUUCACUUAGACUUAGAUAUGAAUAUGUUGAUAGCUUUAUAUCAAAUAAUGUGAUGAUAACAUCACAAAACUGGUUUAAUUUUUUAUAUUAAGAGACAACAUAUUUAAACAAAUAAUAAUUAUUUUAUUAAAUGAAUAGAGAUAACAAAUUUGUGUAUUUGACUUAAAAUAACAUAACUUAAUUAGUAAACAAUACUCAUAUGUAUGGAUUUUUAUCUGAAAUAUUAGGUAUUUGCAGUUCUUUUUAUGAAAUAAAAAAAAAGCAAAAUUAAUAUAAAUACAUAAAUAAAUGUGCCAAUACCUGAAAUUUGUAUUUUAUACUCAAAGUAAAAUAAAUUGGUGAAAUAAACUAGUAGUGUUUCCAUAUUUGAAAAACACUUGAUAUGCACAGUGACUUGACUACAAGAAAAUCCACAGAGUAUACUACCUAGUCAAAAAAUUAUCAAUAUUGUUACACUUAGACAACUAGAGGCAAAGAAACAAAGUAAUGUUUAAAAUAAAGUCUAUUAAAGCAAUUCACACGAGAUAACAUUAACAGCUCUGUAUAAAAAUACAUUUCAUUAACAUCAAAAUGCAAAUAUAGGCCCUUCGCAGACUACAGGAACAUUCAGGAAAUAGAUCAUUUAGUGGAAUUUUUUAAUGCAUUAAAUUCUAAGGCCUUUCGUUCUAUUAACUAUCAUUUAGGCUUGGAUAUUUCUUUGUUUUUUUGCACUAUAGCAAAAACAGCAAGCUCAUUCAUGAGCAGAGUAGGUAACUUCUUCUUCUUUUGAGUUUAACACUGCGUUAGUGCGACAGCACUCUUACGCAAUUUUGGGUGAGUCUUACUUACUGCCAUGUGUUGUGUUUUCAGUUAAUUUUUGUUCAGGGAAAGGGAGGGGAGUGGGGAAAGGAUAGGAAGGAAGGUAAAGGACGGAAGGGGAUUUCAUUCACUAGAAAAGAAGUGGAGCUCUUAAAUUUCUGAACAUAGUUCUGUCAGGGUUAACAGUAUAGUUAUCGUCAAAUAAAGAUUUAAUUAUGUCAUUUGUAUGGUUAGUUACUUUGUCAAGAAACCGCGUAUGUUUCUCAACAAGGUAAUCCUGGAUGGUAUCAACGCUCAGGUCUGUAUGUAGGUCCGCAUUGCGGACAUACCACGGAGCGCCGACCAUCCUGCGGAUUACCUUGCUUUGAAACACCUGCAGUUUCUUUUUAUUUUGACGUGUUGUCUGUGAAAAAACUGUUGCACCGUAAAGUAAUGUAGGUCGGUUAACUUGUUUGUAUAGUAAUAGUUUGUUUUUUAGAGUUAGUUUACUGUCCUUGUUAAGUAAUGGAUAAAGCAAUCCCACUAAUCUGUUGCAUUUAUUCAGUUUAUGAUAAAUGUGGGGGGUCCAACAAAGUUUACUGUCCAGUAAUAGUCCUAGAUAUUUAAUUUGAUUUGUCCAUGUAAUUUCGGAAUCGUCUAGUAUGAGAAUGUCAAUAUGCUUGUCACGUUUGUUGGAGAUCAGGACGGCUUGGGUCUUAUCGAUGUUAAUUUUAAUUUUCCAUAAUUUUGCCCAGUCAAUUAUGGAGUCAAGAUGAUUUUGUAGUCGUCUAUGUAUGUGAUGUAAGUACUUUUGUGAAGUGUAAAUACAAGUGUCAUCUGCGUAGAUGGACAUUUUAGUAUGGGGAUUAAUGGGGAUGUCAGCCGUGUAGAGAUUAUAGAGCAGUGGAGCUAGGACAACCUUGAGGAACUCCCGCUUCUAUAGGUCUGACAUUUGAGAAAGUAUCUUUGUUGAGUUUGACACGGAAACUUCUGGCUUUAAGGAAAUUAAUGAGCAUUUUGACAAGAGAUAAUGGCAGAAAAUAUUUGUCAUGAAGUUUGACUAUGCGUCCAGCAUGCCAGACGCGAUCAAAGGCUUUCUCAACAUCCAGCAGCACAACACCCGUUGAGGCGCGGCGCUGCAGGGCGCGAGUAGUUUCUUCAACCAACCUGGCAAGCUGAAUCUCAGUGGAAUGAUUUGGACGAAAACCAAAUUGUUCGUCAGGGAGAAUGCUGUCCAGAUAAUGUAAGGAUUUAAGUUUUUCAUGAAUUAUUUUCUCAAGAAUUUUAGAAAGUGAAGACAGAAGACUGAUUGGACGGUAAUUUUGUGGAAAUUGAUGAUCCUUAUCUGGUUUUGGGAUCAGUAUCACGGUUGCCAGUUUCCAUGCUUUAGGAAGUAAUUGAGUUUAAGUUAUUCGUUUAGAAUGCGAGUAAAUGUCGCGACGACGUUGUCCGGAAGGUUUUUGAGGACUUUAUUACUAAUAUCAUCGUAACCAGAGGCUUUUCUGCUGACUGAGCGGGCAAUGAAAAAUUUUACGUCGUCGGUGGAGACAGGUAUUAUUGUAUCAUUCGGAGGAAUAGGCAGCCUACAGAUUUCUCUAUAGCGCCUGUCUACGUCCUCUUCAUGAACAAUAUCAUCAUCAGGGUGUUCAUUAGGUGAAAAUUGUGAUUGAAGAGAGUCAGCAAAAGCACUUGCUUUUCCUUCAUUAGUAUACACCAAACCAGCUCUACCAUAAAUGGGGGGAAUCUGCCUAUUUUUCUUAUUUAAAAUAGAACGAAUUAUUUUCCAUAGAGAAUUAUACUCAGGGGACAAGUCAGCUAAUAAAUUACCCCAUUUCUCGUUUUUGUGUUCCUUAAUUAAACUUUUAAUUAAGUUUCGUAAAUCUGUUACAUUCAAGUCAAAUAUUUGGGUCUCUAGUCCUUAUUGCCAGCCUUUUAAGUCGAUUUCUCAACUUAAUUUGCUGGCGUAUGUGAUGUGGUAGUGAGUAUGGGUUAUUUUGUUUGGUGGUUAUAGAAAUUUUAGUGCUAUUUAAACAGUCAUUUACUUCUUGAGUAAACGUGUUAAUAGCACUGUCAAUGUCCAGAGUCGUGUUUAACACGACUGGUGGGAUAUGCUUGGCUUCAAGAUGUGAUUUGAAUUGCGGAUAGUUGUUAAAGGAAAAAGUAUGGUGAGUAUUUACAUCUGGGACCUGACCACCAACUUUAAGACUAAUUGGAGUGUGGUCGAAGCUGAGAUCGUUAAUAUUGCCAAUACCAAUGUUAUAAGGGACAUUUUUGGAUAGAGCAAGGUCUAGAAUGUCAGGGGUAAUAUUAUGAAAAUGAGUUGGCUCUAAGGGAGCAUGAACUGAGAUGAAAUUGUCUUGGGUGAAUUGAAGUAGAAAAGUGCCCGCUGUAUUAUUAGCGCGACGCCCCCAGGCUCUGUUUUUGCAGUUUAAAUCUCCUGCAACUAAGGUCGGAGCAUCAGAACCGAAGAAGAGGUUCAUAUCAUCACGGGUUAAGCGUUUGGAAGGAGGCUUAUAAACGCUGAAAAUAUUAAGCGGGUCAUCUGCAAGGUGGACUUCCACACCAGUGUAUUCCACAUUGUCAGAGGCAGGAGUGGCAAUAGUAUCAUGAGGAAUAUUGUUUUUAACGAAAAUGGCAGUACCACUACCAGCACGGUUACGUCUGUCAUUUCUGUAUAUAGUAUAGUAUUGUAUGUGGUCUAAGCAUAGUCUCCUGGACUAAUGCUAUGUCAACAUUAUCCUCAUGUAAGAAGGAUGCAAACUCAUAUCUUUUGGGAAAGAUAGAGUUUGCAUUCCAAGAGAUUAUGUAAAGUCGUGUGGGUCUAGGUGUAUCACCCAUUAUCUAGUUUAGUUGUAUUAAAAGUUUGAGGCUAGGAUGAUUAUUAAUCAUCUUAGCCAGUCUGUUCAGUUUAUUUGAAAUCUCUUGCUCUGAAAGAGUCAAGAGACUCAAAAUGGGGUUGUUAUAGUCAAGUUUAGUUGUUGUUGAGGUGGUUUAGUAUUUGUACUGUUAUUCAUAUUGUCUGUAUUCAAUUUCAUUUUUUGAGCGUAGCUCACAGAUGGGUUUGUAGUUUUAAAUAAAGCUGCUGUGUCCCUUGGGGGAGAAGUGCUUUGAUCUGGUGUUGGUUUGGGGGUGGAAGGGACAUUUCUGUUUGGACACUUCGGACAAUUUCUAUAAUUGGCCGGAUGUGCACCUCCGCAAUUGACGCAUGUAGGGGGAGAGUUUAUGUCUUUGGUACAUUUAGUGUAGAAAUGAUUGCCAGCACACCGAUGACAUUUGGGCUUUGCAUAGCAAUUAGACAAAGUAUGCCCAAAAUGCUGACAAUUGUGGCAUUGUGGAACAUACUUUUUAUCCUUACUAUGCUGGGCCUCAAUGGUCACCGGCAUGUAGCUAAUCCUCUUGAUGUCGUAAAAUCUGUCAGCUUUCAUCUGGGAAGACCAGGAGUUUUAUCAAAGAAGAGCCUUUGAGGCCGCGACUUUGAGAAGGCUGGAAUCUUUGGAUCUCUUUAGGAGAAAAACCCAAAGAUUC